ACCACGAAAGGGAUAAAACGCUAGAAAAUGAAUGAAUGAAAAAUGAAUGAAUGAAAAUUACCCAUUUUAACUGUCAGUUUACAUAAUCGGUGGCAGCAGAAUUAAGGUCUUCACAAAGAAUUACUUUGGAGUCAUGUUUUCCAUUGCACCUGUUAAAAUCGAUAUUUGAGUUAAAGUUUAUUGUUUUUUUAUGCAGUGCUGAAGACAUGUUUAGACCUUGGUGUAAGCUCAAAACUCAUAAUAAUGUUCCACUUCAUUUUUAUUUGAAAUAUGAAAGAUUUAUUGUAGUCAUUGCUGUAAAGCUCGACUUUACCUUUGCUUACUUCAGGUCAAACAAAUAGCCCUUUGUUACCCUUUUGUGUUUGUGUGUGUUCAUUUCAGUUUCACUCAAGGAUUCAGUGAUUGUGGGAGAAAAGGAAAAUCACACAGCUCUGACUGUCCACUUUCAGUUUAAGGUUUGGUUGUCACCUCAGUGCUAUACCCGAGGGGAAAUCCCUGCAUCACUAUGGGUAUAUAACAUUUUGGGAUGACAGAGCAGAGCCAGACUGAAUCUGAUUCUACAACUGCUGACAAGAUGCAUCUGUUCAAGCUUUACUCUGCUCCUGCGCUGCUGCUGCUGAUGCUUAGCUUGCCAGUGUGGCAGAUCAGCGAGUCCCUACCAGUGAUGAGCACGACACCAAUGAACGACUCCUGUGUAAAUUCUGCAAGGAUGCUUUUGAAAAACAUCACUCAGGCUCUAACACAGACAGAGCUCUUUACGGGAAUCAACUGCACAGAGCAGAACAUGGAGCUGAACACCAACACAAACACACCGUAUGUGUGUGCACCAAAGGAGGCAACAUGUUUGGGAAAAACCAAAGUAGACUUUAAUCAGGAAUCCUGUUUGUCAAACAUUUGGAGGGAUCUGAGCCAUUACUACAAAUUCUUCACGGCCCAGCCAGAUCUCCUCCGUGUCCCAACUGUUAUCCACAGCCUCAGAAAACUGAUGGAGAACUGCUUUGUGGAGUCUUUGCCUACAAACCUGACGCAAAAUGAGGCUCCUGUGAACCAUGCGAGCACCUACAGUGAAAGGUUAAAUCUCUGCAAAACCCUGAGAGGUUUCCAAGUCAGGACCAUCACAGUCAGCCGCGCCAUCAGCUACAUGAGCUCUGGUGAACACACUAAAUAAAUCCUCACCGAGCUCCAACACAGGACAGUUCAUCAAGCUUCAGAACAAAGCAAAUUCUUGGAUCCUAUAAAAACAGGGGAUGUGAGAUUGGGUGGAAAAUGCAAAAACACUGUGAAAUGCACCAAAUGUUAUUAUUUUUUUAGGGCAAAUAUUUAUUAAUCUGUGUGAAAAUUAGAUCUUACAUCGAAACGAUGGGGAAGAGUAUUUUUCAAAGAAAUAUAUUUACAAAGUAUGUGCUUUUUAUUUAUUACAUUUAUUUAUUUGUAUGCUAUUUAUUGUAAUGUCGUUAUCAACUUGGUUCUGAAAAUCAUAAAAUAAAGAUUUUGCUGAUUCAAAGUUUUGAUUUUCUAGUAUUUAUGACAAAUUGUGCUUGAAUAAUUCCUAUGACAGAUAAAAAAAGAAAAGAAUCUGACAUUUCUAUAGUGAAAAGCCAAGAUCAAAUGACUGCACAUGUGUGUAACUCAUAGGAACAUCUAAGUUAACUUGCAUAAAUGUAGUGUUUGCUUUCUCUCCACUUGGAAAGUCCAACACAUUAAAGAUCAACUAACAAUCACUGACCUUUUGGGCCAAUAGAAAGUCUUAUGCGAAAGGAGGUCAAAAUGGGUCAUUGAGGUUCGAGUCUAAAAAUUGCACAAAUGUUUUGUGAUCAGUCAUCUGGUGCAAACAUUUUCUUAAUCCUUUGAUUGUGUCUUUUACUGGAAAAUGAAAUAAAAAAGGUCUGAUAUGAAAAGAUGACAGAGAUAAAAAUGACACAGAAUCUAAGAAUCAAGCUAUCUUUCUUCCCAACAAAAUUGAGCUUAGAAAGACAGAAAAGAUGCUCUUUCUUAUCAUUAAUCAGGUUAUUAGCUUCCUGUGCUGCCUUAGUUUCACUUUGUACAGAUUUCCUGUCAAGUGGAAAUGAUCUAACAUUUUGUGACCUCUAUGGUUGAGAAAGACCCAAACCACAGAAAACACAUUACAAGGUGCCAGUCAAAAUAGAAUGAGCAUGGAAUUUUAUUUUGAGGCAUUAAAACAUAAAUAGAAAAAAGAAAAAAAUAGAUUUGUUAAUGUCAUUGGGAAAAGAUGAUUGAGAUGUGUGUAAGAAUUAAUUCUCCCUUUCCCCAUAAAAACACUUUAUUUUUAUUCAUUGACUGUUCUGAGAUGUUGUCUUUCAGUGCUUUUUGUUUUGAAAUGUAAACAUUUAAGCGAGUGGCUUGUAUUUUUGUAUUUGUAUUUGAGCCUGGCAGUAUUUCCUCUGUUGCUGGAGGUAAUGGACAUUUUUUCCUCUGUAUAAAAGAACAAAAUCAAUAUAUAAAAUAUGUCCGCUCUCUAAACAAUCCUUAUUAAAAACAAUAAAAUCUUUGCAAUCAUCUUUUGACUUUGUGUCUCCACAACAUACUUUUCAAUCUAUAAACAUCUGAGGUCGUCACGCAGCAAAUAAUUCUACCUUUAAAAUGAAAACCAUAGCUAAGGAAGUUUUAUUUGCCAUUUAGUACAUUUUCUAUUAUCCGUCCAAUUAGCGGUAAAUAGUUCUUGCAAAAUAAAGAAAAGAAAAUGUUUUUUGGCUCCAAAGCCUCCUUUAAUGUGCUCCAUUAUGUCACACAUUUACC